GUUCCAUUCAUACCCUAGAGCGAUAGUUCAUUGGCGAUGGCGCCAUAGGUGAGCUGGAAGUGCCCUUCCAAGCCAUCUAGGGUUCUUGGGCAAUCUAGGUGUUCCAGGAAAGGGUAAGCGCGAGGCGGUGAUGGGAGCUCAGAAUUACGACGACGACGAGGAGGUCGAGGAGGAGGAGGAAGAAGAGCCAGAAGGUGAGGAUUUAGACGACGAUGAAGAUUAUGAGGAGGAGGAUAGGAAAAAGCGCAAGCGCAAGCAGAAGAGAAACAGCUAUGUCGACGAUGUAGCUGAGGAAGACGAAGACGAGGAGGACGAUGCCCCGUCUAGGAAGAAGAGGGGGAGAAGCCGUGCUUCUGCUUUCAUCGAUGAUGCUGCCCAGGUUGCGAGUGAUGAGGAGGAGGAGGAAGAAGAGGAAGAAGAGGGAUUUAUUGAGGACACUAUCCCGGAAGAAGAGAGCUCCCGAAGAAGUAGAAUUCCCCAGCGUCCUGCUCUUCUCGAUACUGGAGAAGAUCUGGAGGAUAUCGAAAUUGAGAAGAUGCUUCAGCAGCGUUAUAAAACUACGAGCUACGAUACAUACGACGACUCUGAGGCCACUGUGGUUGAGCAGCAAGCGUUACUUCCAUCAGUGAAGGAUCCUAAACUAUACAUGUUGACUUGCCCGCAAGGCCAUGAAAGAGAAGCUGUCGUCUGUUUGAUGCAAAAGUAUUUGGACUUCCAAGCAAAGAAUGAACCCCUACUUAUCAAGUCUGCGGUGGCAAUAGACCAUCUAAAAGGAUUUAUUUACGUUGAAGCCGACAAGGAAGCAUACGUGAAGCAGGCUAUCAAAGGACUGCGAAAUAUUUUUCCGAAGACAAUACACCUUGUUCCAAUCAAAGAAAUGACAGACGUACUGACUGUAGAGAAGAAGUCCUUUGACAUUGACAAGGAAAACUGGGUGCGAGUCAAAACAGGCCUCUACAAGGGAGAUCUCGCGAGGGUACUUGACGUUGAUCACGUUCGACAGCGAGCAAGGAUAAAGCUUGUUCCUCGGGUAGAGAUUCAAGAAUUAGUGGCCAAACUUGAAGGAAAAGAAAUUCCGAAAUCAAAAGGUUUUUCUGUAAGGCCACCUCAACGUUUUGUUAUGCAAGAACUCAGAGAAAUGAAGGUGCAUAUCGAGAGACGACGUGAUGCUCGUGGUGAUCAUUACGAGCAAGUGGCAAAUAUGCAGUUUAUGGAUGGGUACCUUAUAAAGAACGUAUCACUGAAAACUUUAAACGCCGUGGACGUCAUGCCUUCAUUGGACGAGCUUCAAAGCUUUCAGAAACCUGGUGAUGACGACAGCGUGGACGCAUUUGGGCUGUCAUCCUCGAGAAAGCGUGGUCAGUUUGUGAAGGGCGACACAGUGGUGGCCGUAGAAGGAGAUUUGAAAGGGAUUCAGGGUGUUGUCGAGAAAGUGGACGAAGAUAACGUCGAGAUUCGUCCUGAUAAAAAGUCAGGAUUGAAGGAUGUGCUUAGAUUUCACAUCAAGCAACUUAGCAAACACUUCGAACCGGGAAACCAUGUGAAAGUUACAUCAGGAAAGCAUGAAGGAGCAACGGGGAUGAUUGUGAAGAUUGAAAGAGACUCUGUUAUUAUUCUUUCUGACACCACGAAAGAAGACGUCCGCGUGUUUAGGGAUAGCAUUGUUGAAACAUCUGAGGUUACUUGUGGCCUAACCAAGCUGGGAGAAUUCGAGCUUCACGAUCUCAUUGCGCUGGAUCCAAUGACGGUUGGUGUGAUUGUAAGGAUUGAGGCUGAUGGAUGUCAGGUACUCAAGGGGACACCUGACAAACAAGAAGUGAUUACAGUCAAACAACGAGAUCUCAGGAAAAGAUUAUACAACAAAAUGAUAAACACGCAAGAUCGGGAUACAAAUGUCGUGAGUGUGAAAGACAUUGUCCGAGUUGUUUCUGGACCUUUCAAGGGUAAGCAAGGGGUUGUAGAGCAUAUAAAUCGGGGCAUUCUUUUUGUACAAGACCGGCAACAUCUUGAAAAUGGAGGUUUUAUUUGUGUUCGAGCAACAUCUUGCCUAGCUUUGGGUGGCUCCAGAGGUGACAAACAGAAUCAUAUAGCCGCUGCAUUUUCUUCCUUGAAACCUCCUUCUCAAUUCCUUCAAUCUCCACGGAGAAGUCCAGUCAGGGGUCCGUACGGUCCUCCAAGUGGCUUCGUGAGCAAUCCUGGUCGGCGAAACGACAACUACGUUGGUCGAAGUGUGAAGAUAAGAACUGGACCUUAUAAAGGCUAUCGGGGACGUGUGGUUGAUGCUAGUGGUGGUCGAAGUGUACGCAUAGAGCUGGAAUCGCAAAUGAAGAUCGUCACAGUCGACCGUGACAUUCUCUCCGAUAUUGGAGACGUGCAAUCUUCGUUCAGGGAGCCUACACGCUACGGCAUGGGAAGUCAGACCCCAGUGCAUCCUUCCAGGACGCCUAUGCAUUCUGCAUACAUGACACCUAUGAGGGACUCAUCAGCGACGCCCAUUCAUGAUGGAAUGAGAACUCCAAUGCGUGACAGGGCCUGGAAUCCGACAACUCCUCUAAGGGACGACACCGGCUGGGGCGCCCACACAACGUCCCCACAAUAUAUGCAACAGCCUGGGACCCCACUGGCGACUAGAUCAUACGAAGCACCAACGCCUGGCUCUGGGUGGGCAAAUACUCCUGGGAGUUAUGCUGAUUCUGGCUCGCCAGUUGAAGCCGUCGCUCACUAUGGCAAUCCAUCAAGCCCAUAUCUCCCUGGAACUCCUGGUGCUCUGCCUAUGACUCCUGCUGUCCCUGGGACUCCCGGCGGCCAACCAAUGACACCAGGCAGCGGAGUUCUGGAUCCUACAUCCCCAGCUACCGGUAAAGUGUUCACAAGUUUAAUCUUCCCAGCUGUUGGUGAUGGAUCCAUCGUUACAGGCUUUAACAUGCACGAGCUGGAGAAGCAAUGGGGUUUGCCGGAGCUGAUGGUCACCCUGAGGCGCAAUGGCGACACGACGAUUGGAGUGAUUGAGGAGGUCUUGCCGGACGGCUACUGUCGCCUCUCGAUCGGCGACGACACGGUGACGGUGAGCCACUCGGAGAUAGAGAUUGUGCAGCCGGAGAAGAAUGAUAGGAUUAAGGUCGUGUAUGGCGAGUUUAGAGGCGUUAGCGGUAAGCUGAUAGGAAUCGAUUCGGACGACGGCAUUGUACGAACAGGCACGGACGUGAAGAUCCUCAACAUGAAGUUUUUGGGGAAAGUGGGGAAGUGAUAGAACUCACACUUUUGUAUAAAGAUCUUGUAUCUUCUUUGGAAAUAACAACACAAAAGUUUUACAUUGCGAA